GACUCACAUCAGAGCAGAGUUGCAUGUGGCAGAUGGUUUAACAUUCACUAUUAAACACUGCACUUUGCUUUAAACCACUGAAAUUAUAUUUAUUUCAGCACAAUAGCACGCUGACCGCGUGAGCGCGCCGCAGUCAUGGUGAAGGAGCAGUUCAGAGAGACGGAUGUGGCCAGAAAGAUAAGUCACAUCUGUUUCGGCAUGAAGUCGGCGGAGCAGAUGCGGCAGCAGGCGCACAUUCAGGUGGUCAGCAAGAACCUGUACAGCCAGGACACUAGUCACACACCGCUGCAGUACGGCGUCCUGGACCACCGCAUGGGCACCAGUGAGAAGGACAGACCCUGCGAGACCUGCGGGAAGAAUCUGGCCGACUGUCUGGGACACUACGGAUAUCUGGAUCUGGAGCUGCCCUGCUUUCACGUUGGAUACUUUAAAGCCAUCGUCGGCAUCCUGCAGAUGAUCUGUAAGACGUGCUCCCACAUCCUCCUCACCAAAGAAGAAAAGCUGCAGUUUCUGGAUUACCUGCGCAGACCUGGACUGGUAUACCUGCAGAAGCGCGGCCUGAAGAAGAAAAUCUCUGACAAAUGCAGAAAGAAGACCGUCUGCCUCAACUGCAACGCAUAUAACGGCUCUGUGAAGAAAUGCGGUUUGCUGAAGAUCAUUCAUGAAAAGUAUAAAACCACGAAAAAGGUCGUCGACCCCGCAGUGUCGGACUUUCUGCAGUCGUUUGACGUCGCCAUCGAACACAAUAAAGAAGUGGAGUCUCUGCUGACCCGUGCACAGGAAAACCUGAAUCCGCUGGUGGUGCUGAAUCUCUUCCGCAGGAUUCCCGAUAAGGAUGUUCCUCUGCUGCUCAUGAAUCCCGAAUCCGGGAAACCGGCCGACCUGAUCUUAACGCGCCUGCUGGUGCCGCCGCUCUGCAUCCGGCCCUCCGUCGUCAGCGACCUCAAAUCAGGCACCAAUGAGGACGACCUGACCAUGAAGCUGACCGAGAUCAUCUUCCUCAAUGACGUCAUCAAGAAGCACCGCAUGACAGGAGCUAAAACACAGAUGAUCAUGGAGGAUUGGGACUUUCUGCAGCUCCAGUGUGCGCUCUACAUCAACAGCGAACUGUCCGGCAUCCCGCUCAACAUGGCACCCAAAAAAUGGACUCGUGGCUUUGUGCAAAGACUCAAGGGGAAACAAGGUGCGUAUCUGCUCACACUCAAAGACACGUUCUUCGACCGAACUAAAGCCUGUCAGAUCGUCGCUUCAAUCCUGGUGGGAAAAGAUGAGAAGAUCAAGAUUUCCCUCCCUCAUCCUGCCAUCCUCAAGCCGAUCCGGUUGUGGACAGGGAAGCAGAUCUUUAGCCUGAUCCUCAAACCCAGUAAAAGCUGUCCGGUAAUGGCCAACCUGCGCACCAAAGGCAAACAAUACUGCGGUAAAGGGGAGGAUCUGUGUGCUAAUGACUCCUUUGUGGUGAUCCACAACAGUGAGCUGAUGUGUGGCAGUAUGGAUAAAGGCACUCUGGGUUCCGGAUCCAAGAACAACAUCUUCUACAUCCUGCUGCGGGACUGGGGGCAGCAGGAGGCGGCAGAUGCCAUGUCCCGCCUCGCCCGUCUGGCACCCGUCUACCUCUCGAAUCGUGGUUUCUCCAUUGGGAUUGGCGACGUGACUCCUGGUCAGGGGCUCCUGAAGGCUAAGCAGGAGCUGCUGGAUGCUGGAUAUGAGAAAUGUGAUGAAUACAUUGAUGCGCUGAAGACGGGACGCUUGCAGCAGCAGCCGGGCUGCACUGCCGAGGAGACACUCGAGGCGCUGAUCCUGAAGGAGCUGUCAGUCAUCAGAGAUCACGCAGGCAGUGCGUGUUUGAGGGAACUGGACAAAAGCAACAGUCCACUGAUCAUGGCUCUGUGUGGAUCCAAAGGCUCCUUCAUCAAUAUCUCUCAGAUGAUUGCGUGUGUCGGACAGCAGGCCAUCAGCGGCUCUCGAGUUCCCGAUGGCUUUGAGAACCGAUCUCUGCCACACUUCCAGAAACACUCCAAACUCCCCGCAGCGAAGGGCUUUGUGGCAGACAGCUUUUAUUCUGGUUUGACCCCCACAGAGUUCUUCUUUCACACUAUGGCUGGUCGAGAAGGUCUGGUUGACACCGCCGUUAAAACAGCAGAGACCGGAUACAUGCAGAGGCGUCUGGUGAAGUCUCUGGAAGAUUUGUGCUCUCAGUAUGACCUGACGGUGCGCAGCUCCACCGGUGACAUCAUACAGUUCAUCUACGGCGGAGACGGACUCGAUCCUGCAGCCAUGGAGGGAAAAGAUGAACCGCUGGAGUUCAAGAGAGUCCUCGACAAUAUACGAGCGGUGUACAGCUGUACAGGGGAACCUGCGCUUAGCAGAAACGAGCUGCUGCUGACCAGCGACUCCAUCAUGAAGAGGAAAGACUUUCUGUGCUGCAAAGACACUUUUCUGGAGACAUUGACAGAUACUGGCAGUGACAAGUACAUGCAGGAAAUAAGAAAGUUCAUCAAAACCGUUUCUGAGAAAGUGAAAAAGACACGUGACAAAUACGGCAUCAACGACAACGGGACAACAGAGCCUAAAGUUUUAUACCAGUUGGACAGAAUCACUCCGAAACAGCUGGAGAAGUUUCUGGAAACCUGCAGAGACAAAUACAUGAGGGCGCAGAUGGAGCCCGGGUCUGCGGUCGGGGCUCUUUGUGCUCAGAGUAUUGGGGAGCCAGGAACGCAGAUGACCCUCAAAACCUUUCACUUCGCUGGAGUCGCGUCCAUGAACAUUACUCUGGGUGUGCCGAGAAUCAAAGAAAUCAUCAACGCAUCCAAAAACAUCAGUACGCCCAUCAUAAGUGCCAACCUGGAUACCAAUGAUGACCCAGACUUCGCCCGGCUGGUGAAAGGACGCAUUGAGAAGACUCUUCUGGGAGAGAUUUCCGAGUACAUCGAGGAGGUUUUCCUGCCGGAUGACUGUUUUAUCCUGGUGAAGCUUUCGCUUGACAGAAUCCGUCUUCUGCGUCUGGAGGUCAAUGCGGAGACGGUGCGCUACUCCAUCUGCACAUCUAAACUGCGGGUGAAGCCUGGUGACGUCCAGGUUCAUGGCGAGGCCGUGGUUUGUGUUUCUCCCAGAGAAAACAGCAAGAGCUCCAUGUAUUAUGUGCUGCAGUCGCUCAAACAGGAUCUUCCUAAGGUGGUAGUGCAGGGAAUCCCUGAAGUGUCUCGCGCCGUCAUCCACAUCGAUGAGCAGAGCGGGAAGCAGAAGUUCAAGCUGCUGGUGGAAGGAGACAAUCUGAGGUCUGUGAUGGCGACACACGGAGUCGACGGAAACAAAACCACGUCCAACAACACGUAUGAGGUGGAGAAGACUUUAGGCAUUGAAGCUGCCAGAUCCACCAUCAUUAAUGAGAUCCAGUAUACUAUGGUAAACCACGGUAUGAGCAUCGACCGCCGGCACGUCAUGCUGCUGGCAGACCUCAUGUCCUAUAAGGGAGAGAUUCUGGGUAUCACUCGCUUCGGUCUGGCCAAGAUGAAGGAGAGUGUCCUCAUGCUGGCCUCCUUCGAGAAAACCGCUGAUCAUCUGUUUGAUGCUGCUUAUUUUGGUCAGAAGGACUCAGUGUGCGGCGUGUCAGAGUGUAUUAUAAUGGGUAUCCCCAUGAACAUCGGCACGGGACUCUUCAAACUCCUGCACCGCUCCAACAGAGAGGCCGAUCCCCCCCGCAGACCCCUGCUCUUCGACAGCCCUGACUUUCACAAUACUCUGGCCCUCUGAACACGCUUCACACGCAGUUUUGUGCCUUUAUUUCUUUUAUUAUUACCUCACCAAACCUCUGCUUCUCACUCCAGGCAGAGGGAAACAGUGGAGGAUGAACUAAAGAGAUCUCACUGAGGAUUAGUGCUGUCAAUCCACUAAUCACAUCCAA